AGACUCUUUUAAUUAAAGCUUGUACCAUAUUCUGUAUUCCCAAGUCACGGCAGCCGCCCGCGCUUCCCCAGGACACCUCGGGCUCUGUCUCGGCACGGCAUGGACCGGGACCGGGACCGCGGCUCGGCGGCCACCGGCGGCUGGAGGGUCGCACUCCGGGCUCGCCCGGCCCCAUGAUGAGCUCGCCCAGCGCCCGGGCCCCGCCGACUCGUGUGCCCGAUGGGGCUGAUCCAGGAGCCGGCAGAGGGGCAGCCCAAGCAUGAAGGUGGCCGCGGGGAUGAGGCUCCCGGCGAGAAGGAGGAGCCGUCGCAGCGGAGCAGGCAACCAGAGUUCCCUUCCUGGGAGAAGAUGCCAUUCCACCAUGUGACAGCCGGCUUGUUGUACAAGGGCAAUUACCUGAACCGCUCGCUCUCGGCAGGCAGCGACAGCGAGCAGCUGGCCAACAUCUCCGUGGAGGAGCUGGAUGAGAUCCGUGAGGCUUUCCGAGUGCUGGACCGGGAUGGGAAUGGCUUCAUCUCCAAGCAGGAGCUGGGCAUGGCCAUGCGCUCCCUGGGCUACAUGCCCAGUGAGGUGGAGCUGGCCAUCAUCAUGCAGCGCCUGGACAUGGAUGGGGAUGGCCAGGUGGAUUUUGAUGAAUUUAUGACCAUUCUGGGACCUAAGCUGGUGUCAUCAGAGGGCAGGGACGGCUUCCUGGGGAACACAAUAGACAGCAUAUUCUGGCAGUUUGACAUGCAGAGGAUAACGCUGGAGGAGCUGAAGCACAUCCUGUACCACGCCUUCCGUGACCACCUCACCAUGAAGGACAUCGAGAACAUCAUCAUCAACGAGGAGGAGAGCUUGAAUGAGAACUCUGGCAACUGCCAGACAGAGUUUGAAGUGCACGCCCAGAAGCAGAACCGCCAGACGUGCGUGCGCAAGAGCCUCAUCUGCGCCUUCGCCAUGGCCUUCAUCAUCAGCGUGAUGCUGAUCGCGGCCAACCAGAUCCUGCGCAGCGGCAUGGAGUAGAGCUGGCACGGCUCACACGGUCCUGGCAGCGCCAUGGCGGCCAUGCAUGCGCACCCGGGAGAGCUCCCGCCCCGAUCCCACGGCACCGACACGCGGCCACGGCCGGCGCCUGCAGCAGGAGCCUGCGCCGCAGCGUGUCCUGUGAACCAACCACAUCCUUUUGGCAGGGACAUCAAAGGGCUGUUCUAAUGCUUUAAAGGUUUUGUUUCCUAAUGCAAUAAUCCCAUAGCCAGGAGUCCCGAAUUAUUGCUUCGAAACAGCAAUGGCAACGCGGAGGAGGCUGGGAUC